UACACAUUCAGUGUCAGGACUUGGACUCGGGAGGCAGUCAACCGAUCGAUAACCAUACUCUCCAACGAUAGAUUAGUCGGCAAAAAAAAAAAAAAAAAAAAUACAGAUCUAUUGACCCGACUUCACUCUCUUGUCUCGAGCUCAGUGGGGCAGCCACCGAGCUUCUGUGCUUGCUCUAAACCUCCGAAAAGCCCUCUGGUGCCUUCUCCCACGAAGGCUUCCAUACUCCUAUGGCGGCCCUGAAGCUGCUUCUCUCUCAAGCUCGCCGCCAUUGCCUCACCAGCCGUCAUUCACAUUUCCACUCUUCCCUUUUUCUUGGGUCUCGGAGAUCCCUUUGUUCUUCUUCUUCUGCAUCUUCUUCUUCCUCACAACCCGAUGAAUCGGACUCAAAACCUCCACCUCCAAGGGGACCCUCUCCAACCAUUUCAAUCCAACCCGUUUCAUACCCGGUUAAACCUAAAGACCCGUCACCUCCAGAUACCACUGAAUCCUCCGAAGCUCCAUUGCAAAAUCAAUCGCCGGCGCCACCACCUCCUCGCCUUCCACGAGGACCGACAUUGACGGAAGAUACCGCGGAAUCACGGCGGGCUUGGACAAGGGAAGAUAUUCGGUAUGUAAAGGACGCGCCUUCGAUAUCGCCGGUUUCCUAUCCUUUGCGAGUGGCGCCACUUCCUGAAGACAAGGCUACUGCUGGUGCUGAAGCAGGAAAGGAUGAUGGCACGAAGGCCAAUGAAGAAAUUGACAAGGAGAGUAGAAAAAUUAGGGCGGAUGACCAGUUAAAGAGGAGAGUUAUUAGAGUUGCGGAAGAGGAGAAGGUGCGGGUUCCUUUUCCGACUCUGAUGAAGGUGAAGCAAAAGGAGAAGCCGCCUAUUUUUGAUUUGACGGAGGCAAUUCGCCAAGUUAAGGCUAAUGCAAAGGCAAAAUUUGAUGAAACUGUUGAAGUGCAUGUAAGACUGGCUAUUGAAUCAAAGCGAACAGAACUGGCAGUUCGUGGUACUAUGAUUCUGCCUCAUGGUGCACCGAAGGCCGUCAGUGUGGCUGUUUUUGCAGAAGGAGCUGAUGCUGAGGAAGCUAGAGCUGCAGGAGCUGAUAUAGUUGGUGGUAAAGAGCUUAUUGAGGAGAUUGCUAAUGGAAAUAACAAGCUUAGAGUUGACAAGUGCUUCUCAACUCCAGGAAUGGCACCUCAUCUUGGAAAGAUAGCACAAUAUCUUAGAAAGCGUAGACUGAUGCCAGACAAGAAACUAGGUACUCUGACCAAUGAUAUUCCUGGGCAGUUGAAAGAGCUAAGACAGGGUCGUGUGGAGUUUAAAAUGGAGAGUAAAUCAAUUGUGCAUGCAGGAAUCGGAAAGGUAAGCUUCAGAGAGGAUCAUUUACGUGAAAAUGUAGGUGCAUUCAUGAAUGCUCUAUUGCUUGCCAAGCCUGCUGGCUUAAAGAAGACUUCAAAAUAUGCUGGGUAUGUGCUAUCUGUCCAUAUGUGCAGCACGAUGGGCCCAGGAUUCCCUGUUUCAAUACAGUCCUUGUCAAGAGCAGCAGAUAACUACAAGUCUCUGAAUCUGGUAUGAUGUGGCCUGAGGCAACUUCAGGCUUCAAGCAUCAAAUCAUAGUUUUGAUCAACUUAUUUUGGAUUUUUUUUUCUUUUUUUAUGAACUUUAUCUUUUCAUCAAUCAUAUUUUUUUCUGUAACGUUGCUUAAUGCCGUGCGAUAUAUGUGACAAUUGAUCAACUAGAAUUUCAUUUUUGACAAUUUUUGUAAGCUUGUAGCAUGUUAGGCUUUUAUGGUAGUUUCAGAAUGACCCCUUUGAAAAUAUAAUAUGUCAGGAUUAAACUCAAUUCAAAGGGACAAGUCUAAGUUAUUGAA